CUGCUUCUGCUGUCUAUCUGCUGCUGAUCAUUUUAUUGUGUGACAGAUGUGAAGAAUAGAAAGAAAACUGUGAGAAAGAUCCAACCAUACACAAAUAAAUAAGGACUUUAAACAAAUAUGUAAAUUAUAACAGUGAAAUAUUCAGAUAUAUGAUGAAAAUUUGAUGUCAAUAUUAUAUCAAGUUUAAAGCGAAUAUCUUGUUCGACAAGGUUACAUUUUCCGUACAUGGAAUUCACAUGAAUCAAAAUUACGAUGGAGAGCGUACGACGAUCAUGGAAACUGCAGGAAUUUGUUGCUCACAAAGCAAAUGUCAACUGUCUGGCUAUGGGCCACAAGUCCAAUCAGGUGCUGGCGACUGGUGGCGAUGACAAAAAAGUUAAUUUGUGGGCUAUUGGAAGACAGAGCUGCCUUAUGAGUUUAAGUGGACAUACAACUCCUGUAGAAUGUGUGUGUUUUGGUCAUUCUGAAGACUUAGUUUGUGCAGGAUCACAAACAGGUGCCUUAAAAAUAUGGGAUUUGGAAGCAGCUAAAUUGUUAAGAACAUUCACUGGACACAAAGGAGCUAUCAAAUGUAUGGACUUUCAUCCGUAUGGUGAUUACCUGACAACUGGCUCAUGUGACAGUAAUGUUAAGCUAUGGGAUACAAGAAAGAGAGGAUGUAUUGUUACGUACUCUAGCCACCGCCUCGCAGUCAACAGCCUUCAGUUUAGUCCUGAUGGACAAUGGAUUGCAUCUGCUUGUGAAGAUGGCUUAGUCAAAGUGUGGGAUGUGCGUGUUGGGAAAGUCCUUCAAGAGUUUAUGGAGCACACAUCAGCAGUGACUUGUGUCAAAUUUCAUCCUCAUGAGUUUCUACUAGCCAGCUGUGGAACUGAUAGAACUGUGAAUUUCUGGGACAUGGAGAAGUUCCAGUUAGUAUCCAAGUUUGAAAAAGACAACACAUCUAUUAGACACAUGGUGUUUAGUGAUGAUGGUGCAACAUUGCUUGGUUGUGCUAACGAUGGGUUGCAUGUCGUUGGAUGGGAACCAGCCCGAGUGUUUGACACUGUUCAUGGACAUUGGGGUCAGAUUAAUGAUAUCACUGUUGCACAAACACAAUUAAUAGCUGGAUCAUUCCAUUCAACUUAUGUUGUUCUAUCAGUUGUUGAUCUCAAUAAAGUGCAUCCUUUUGGUGGGCCACCUCCUGUAUCUCCUCCAGUUGUAAGAGAUCUUUCACCUUUCCAAAAGGGCCAUUCAGUACGCAAAAGCUUUUCAAAGGAAAAACCACCGAAAGAAGUCAUGCAUAGACCAACUCUUCUUGAUGAAAAGACUGCUGAAGAAUCUACUUCAGGGACUGAAGCAGAUGAGGAUUCAGGUGCUGUUAUACCCAAUUUUAAUGACUACACUGAGAUAUUCCGACCUUCUAGAGCAUUAACACGCACACCUCCACCAGCCACCAGUUUGUCAUCAGAAGAUUAUUCAAUAACAGCACCCGAGAUGACAGAGAAGGCGGUGUCGACGCCCGCGGUGAACACCACGUUGCGCGACCUGAUGCUGGACGAGCCGGUGCCGCUCGCGCGCCCGCUGCCGCAGCCCUCGCCGCCGCAGCGACAGCGCUCCGACCACUACUCGCGCAUACCCACUUCCACUAAAGAACAUUACAACCUCCUCGAAAAGAAACCCGAAGGUUUUACCAGGGGAGCUUUGUUCUUAUGCCGUACUACCAGGGACGGAUCCAGCCCUCAAAAAGGAUGGGUGACGGACAACACAAAAGAAAAUAAUGCAUUCACAUCAGCGCAAUCAUUAAGAGAUUAUACCGCCACUCCGCUCACGGCAAACUCGCUUAAUCGACACAAUUCAUACAAAGAAACAAAGUCUACCACAGAUUUGUCUAGCACCAACCUCCGACCAAGUAAUAGUGAGAUUUCAUUAGGACCACCAACCUUAGGGCCUAGAUCUCUAUCAUUUACCAGAGCUCCUAGUGAAACUCCAAGAAGACGAGUAGAGACUGCUACUAGAGAAAACGUGGUAGUUUCUCGCAGUGUUGAGACGCCAGAGGCCGAGCCUGAGCCGGAGUUCGUACCUUACACCACAGACAGACCUGUGGGUCUUGAUCUCGAUGAGUUUUUACCCCGCGGCCUCGCGGGCGGCAUGGCGCGGCGAGGCGCGCGGGGCGGCGGCGCCGAGCCCAGCGAGCAGGAGGUGCUGGGCGUCAUGAUGCGCGGACACGACUCCAUGAUGGCCGUGCUCACUGCCCGCCAGCGCGCCUUACAGAUAUUUCAUUCCGUCCGAGUCAAUAAAAGUCUGAGAUCUGCAUUGGAGUCUGUUAUAGCUCUUGAAGAUACUUCAGUUAUACUUGACAUACUCAAUGUUAUGGCACAUAGACCGUCAUUGUGGAAUUUAGAUAUAUGCCUUUUAAUGCUGCCCAAGAUAUAUGAAUUGUUGCAAAGCAAAUAUGAAUCAUAUAUGCAAUGUGGAUGUAAUGCCUUGAGACUAAUAGUACGUAACUUCUCAUCUGUGGUGAGAGCAAAUGUGAGUGCCCCAGUGCGGACACUGGGAGUCGACAUUCCUCGUGAGGAGCGGUAUGCUAAAUGUAUGCAGAUACAUCGGCUACUGCUUGAUGUGCGUGCAUUUUUGCUCAAACGACAAACACUCCAAGGUCGCCUCGGAGCUGCCUUCAGAGAUCUCCAUAACCUUAUGCAGCAAGGUCUUGACUGACAUGUGAACCACAUGCUGAAUAUCAUGUCAGGAUGAGUGAUAAAAGAACUGACAAAAUAAUCAACUUCCCAUCCUAAGUAUUAAUUAAUUAAUAUUUUUAUAAAUCUAACAAUUAUGAAAUUUUCUCACUGUUGACUUAAACUGACUUAGAACUUACUGUUUCAAAAACAUGCAUACAGCCACUUAUAUAUUUAUUAACAAUAAAAGAUUAUAAUUAGAAA